AUGCCUGCAAUUUUACAAAAUGAUGUGCUAGUAUAUAAAGGCAGCAAUUUAUUUCGCCAAAGAUUGCUCCUUGCGACGUUGAGCGGUAGAGCUAUAAAGAUUGAGGAAAUUCGGAGUUCUUUUGAUGAUCCAGGCUUAAGAGAGUAUGAAGUAAAUUUAAUACGUUUACUGGACAAAAUUACAAAUGGAUCAAGAGUAGAGUUGAGUGAAACUGGAACAUCUUUAUACUUUCAACCAGGAAUAUUAAUUGGUGGUCAAGUCACCCACAGUUGUUGCACACAGAGAGGGAUAGGUUAUUAUCUAGAAGUGUUGCUAGCACUGGGACCAUUCUGUAAAGAGCCAUUGAAUGCUGUACUGCAGGGUGUCACUCAUCAUGAGUUGGAUGUAUCCGUUGACAAAGUAAAGGCAUCGGCGUUACCAAUAUUGCUUAAGUUUAUAUUAGUUGACGACGGCUUGGAACUUAAAGUUGUCAGAAGAGGAGCUCCCCCUCUGGGAGGUGGUGAGAUUGUGUUCAAGUGUCCUGUCCGACGACAUCUCCGACCACUGCAAUGCAGUAAAUGGGGAAUGGUUAAGAGAAUUAGAGGGGUUGUGUAUGCUUUAAGAGUGUCACCGACGAUGGCUAAUAGGGUUGUAGAGGCAGCAAAAGGGGUGAUGUUAAACUUUCUCCCCGAUGUUUAUAUAAACACAGACCAGUGUCGUGGAGCUAAUGCCGGGAAGAGUCCUGGAUUUGGAGUCAGUUUAGUUGCUGAGACUACAGAUAAGACAUUUUAUUGCGCUGAAGCAAAGUCCGCGGAGGCUGGUUCCGGAGAGCCAACUCUUCCCGAGGACCUGGGUCGUGAGUGUGCCCACAUGUUGUUGGACGAGGUGAGGCGAGGCGGAGCAGUCGACAGUUCCUUUCAAUGGCUGUUAGCGCUCUGGAUGGCGCUCGGACAGAAGGACGUCAGCGAGUGUGUUGUGGGACCUCUGUCGGAUUACACAAUCAAGUUUCUACAACAUCUUAAAGAGUUCUUCGGUGUGAUGUUCAAGUUAGAAGUGUUGAGGUCUGAAGAAGACGAGAGCUCGGAUGAGGAGGACACAUACGCUAUAGCUCAGAAGAUUAAAAUGACUUGUGUCGGAAUAGGAUAUGUGAAUAUUAGUAAACGGACUUUAUAA